AUGGCCAACAGUGCACCGAAACACCACAGAUAGGGACGAAGCAGCAGCACAGUCUCUGCUCAUCUUCCUCACGGUGAACUGCCUGCAACCACAGUCCGGUUUUUGACUUUUGACUUUUGAAGAGGAGCCGACGCACUGGGACGCAUAUCUGCUACCAAAGAUGCUGUCGUUUCGAGUGCACCUACCGUGCUGGUGUUUCCUGUUGAUGAGCUGCCUGCAGUCGCUCUCAGCCAACAAUGACUUCUUCACCUCCAUAGGCCAGAUGACAGACCUGUUAUACACAGAAAAAGACCUCGUCACCUCUCUGAAGGACUACAUCAAAGCAGAAGAGAACAAGCUAGAGCGGGUCAAAAGGUGGGCUGAUAAAUUGGAGUCACUGACGGCCACAGCCAUGCAAGACCCGGAGAGCUUCCUGGGGCACCCUGUCAAUGCCUUCAAGCUAAUGAAGAGGCUGAACACAGAGUGGGGGGACCUAGAGAGCCUUGUACUUAGUGACACCACUGAUGGAUUUAUUUCCAACCUAACCAUCCAGAGACAAUACUUCCCCACGGAUGCGGACCAGACUGGAGCUGCCAAAGCUCUCCUUCGGCUACAAGACACAUACAGACUGGAUUCUAACACUAUCUCUACAGGAGACCUUCCUGGAGUGAAACACAAAAGCCUUAUGACAGUGGAGGACUGCUACGAGUUGGGAAAGAUCGCCUACUCUGAUGUUGACUACUAUCACACAGAGCUGUGGAUGGCCCAGGCCCUGAAACAGCUCGAUGAGGGAGAGGAGUCCACUUUAGAUAAGGUGACAGUGCUCGACUACCUCAGCUACGCCGUCUACCAGCAGGGGGAGAUAGAGCGAGCCUUGGACUACACCGAGAAGCUGCUUGAACUGGACCCAGAACACCAGCGUGCCAAGGGCAACCUGAAAUACUUUACCUUCCAGCUGGAGAAGCAGAAGAAGGCUGCGGAAGAAGAGCCUGAGAAACAAAAGGAUCAGGCGAAAAAAGAGAAAACUGAAAAGAAGAAGAAGCCCAAAAAGAAGGGCUCCAAUCAGCUCAUGCCUGAGAGGGUGAAAUAUGAGAUGCUGUGUCGUGGGGAGGGCAUCAAACUGACCCCCCGCAGGCAGAGCCGACUGUUCUGCCGUUACUAUGACAACAAUCACAACCCCAGCUUUGUGCUGUCACCUGUCAAACAGCAAGACGAGUGGGACAGCCCCUACAUUGUCCGGUACCUUGACAUCAUCUCAGACAAAGAAAUCGAGAGGAUCAAGGAGCUGGCAAAGCCAAGACUACGCAGGGCCACCAUCUCCAACCCCAUCACAGGAGUGCUGGAGACAGCACCAUACCGGAUCAGCAAAAGUGCUUGGCUCACUGGCUAUGAAGAUCCAAUGAUUGAAAAGAUCAACCAGAGAAUUGAGGAUCUCACAGGGCUGGAAAUGGAUACUGCAGAAGAGCUGCAGGUUGCAAAUUAUGGUGUUGGAGGUCAAUACGAACCUCACUUUGACUUUGGAAGGAAAGAUGAGCCAGAUGCCUUUAAAGAGCUGGGCACUGGGAACCGCAUAGCAACGUGGCUCUUCUAUAUGAGUGAUGUAUCAGCAGGUGGAGCCACAGUAUUUCCAGAUGUUGGUGCUUCAGUUUGGCCCCAAAAGGGCACCGCAGUGUUCUGGUACAAUCUCUUUGCCAGCGGGGAGGGAGACUACAGCACCAGACAUGCAGCUUGCCCUGUGUUGGUGGGCAACAAGUGGGUAUCAAACAAAUGGAUUCACGAACGAGGCCAGGAAUGGCGGCGACCUUGUGGCCUAAACGAAACCGAAUGAUGGAAACAGAAAAUCUCCUAAUCACACUCCCCACCCCCUUUCUCCCCUUCCUUGUGAACCACCCAGGACCAAAGAAUGCUGCUGCAGAUCUCAGAUGAUAUGCCUGGAUACAAGGGGUCCAAAUGUCUCUCUCCCCCCUGCUCACAGACUCCCUUUUUCCCCCAACUAUUGUGCUCUGAGCCCAGAGAUUGUUUGGGUUAAUUUCGUGCCCCUGGACAAUACUAGCAUUGCUGUGACAGAUAAUAUGUUCUUCAGGUUGUUGGAUGGUUGUGAGGAAUAGUCUUGCCCUUUCCACUCCCAUGUGUCUGUGUUUGCACUCUGUUUGAACUCUAGCUCUGUGGUGAGGUUAUCCUUCAGUAGUGACUGUAGGCACCAACUUCCUCCCUGCCAGUUUGAACCUUAAAGGAGACUUGUCUUAUUCAUUGUAUUCCUCUAAUUCCAUUAAAUGAACACUUGGACUUGUGAUUGUUGAGACAAUGAAAAGAUUUCCUAAAUAGCUAUUCAGAGCUACUUUUCCUUGCUUGUGAUUUUACAUAGAAACAGCAUUUUUCUGUCAUUUUGCAGUUUGCAGUCUCUGCUUCAGGAAAAACAAAGUGCCACUUAGAGCCCACUACAAAAUGACAAGGCUUCCCAAAAAAAGGAAUAUCUGACCACAGUCCAGGUGAAUGUUUUUUUGGGGGAAAAUCACUUUCUUUCUGUUAGUUUGAGUAACUAAUAGGAAGAGGUUAAAGUUUCUUGAUUAAGUCUACAUCUGUGCAUAACUGUAUCUAACAUAUCACACAUCUUGUCUGCCUCUAAGCCAUAGUGUUUUAUUUGAAAGGUCACAUAUUGUUUCAUAUUACUGAAUUUGUUGUACUUGAACAAACACAGUUACACCUGGA